GGGGGUUUGGUGAGAUGCCUACGAGACAAUGGCCAAGAACAAAUUAAAAGGGCAGAAGUCCAGGAAUGUAUUUCAUAUAGCCAGCCAAAAAACCUUCAAGGCUAAAAACAAGGCAAAACCAGUUACUACUAACCUUAAGAAGAUAAACAUCAUGAAUGAUGAAAAAGUCAACAGAAUGAACAGAGCUUUUGUAAACAUACAGAAAGAACUCGCAAACUUUUCAAAAAGCCUUUCUCUGAAAUCUAUGCAGAAGGAGCUGAAUUACCAUGAAAAUGAACCAGCUAAUGUUGAUGAAGCAACCAGACUAAUGGCUCAAUUGUAACACAGUGACACUCCCCCAAAGAUCAAUAAAUUGAAUGCUUUAU